AUGUCCACAAUUACCUCGAGGCCAGUAAAUGGUCGUACGAACGGGAGCAUGAAUGGGAACACAAAUGGUCAUCACAAAGUUCGAUUCAUACCUUUGACCUACAACCAAGCCGAGUCGCAGACAUCAGCUCUGCGACUGAUUCUCACACUUCGGCCUGAAUGGGAGGAUGGAAAGAUCGAGUUUGUUCGAUUCACAGACGGAAUCACAAACACAUUACUGAAGGUUAUCAACAAGAAGCCUGGGUUAUCUGAUGAAGAGAUAGACAACGAUGCAGUUCUGCUGAGAGCCUAUGGCCAAGGGACUGACCUCAUUAUCGAUCGCGAACGAGAAACACAAAAUCAUGAAUUACUCAUGCAACACAACCUUGCGCCAGUUCUGCUUGCGCGAUUCCAGAAUGGAAUGCUAUACCGUUUCAUACGAGGUGCUGUCACAUCCCCAGCGGAUCUUAGAAGGGUAGACAUUUGGAGAGCUGUGGCUCGCCGAUUAGCAGAAUGGCACGCAAUUGUUCCCUGCAUACCAACUCCUCGAGAAUCUUUGACAGCAGAAAUAACUGGGAGCGAGCAAUUCGGGAUGCCUGCUCCAACUCCAAGCAGGAAAGACCCUGCAUUGCAGAAUGCAAUUGAUAAUGUGGCUCCUGGAAAGCCUUCACCAAACGUGUGGACAGUAAUGCAGAAAUGGAUAUAUGCGCUUCCAAUGGAAACAGAAGCCGAGAAGGGACGACAAGCAAGCUUGCAAAAGGAACUGACUCGACUGGUUGCGGAAUUCAGCAAUCGGCCGGGUCUUGGAAAGAAUAGUCUUGUCUUCGCUCACUGUGACUUAUUGAGUGGCAACGUGAUCAUACAACCACGAUCAGCAAACAAUGCCAACGCGCCAGAGACAGUCAGUUUCAUUGAUUACGAAUAUGCCACGCCUUCGCCGGCAGCAUUUGACAUUGCCAACCAUUUUGCAGAAUGGGGCGGAUUUGACUGCGAACAUGAUCUGCUUCCAACACAGUCACAACGGCUGGACUUCAUUCGUGAAUACAUUCAGAGUUAUUUCACCCAAUUAGGUCAACCUCUAUCCAAGACUGACGAGGAGGCCGAAGUCCACCGUCUAUUCAUGGAAGUAGAUGUCUGGCGAGGAAUUCCUGGCUUCUACUGGGGAAUAUGGGCCUUGAUCCAAGCUACCAUUUCCCAAAUAGAUUUUGACUAUGCAUCUUAUGCUGAGAUCAGACUAGGUGAGUAUUGGGCAUGGCGAGCAGAAGCUGAUGGCAGCCGAAAGGCUUCUGGCAAGGAAAUGGCCGUGCGAGAGAGGAGAUGGGCACAAGAGUCCUGA